AUGAGGAAAAAAGAGCUUGUAAACUUCCACACCAAAGGGAAGUUCUUUGAAGACGCCGCUAGGAACAGAUGAGAAAAUAAAUCCCCAGGAAAAGACGCCAAUACUGCAACCGAAAGAGCAUUUUUAAGCCAAAUUACUGAUCUGUUAGCAUUGAAGAAAGACUUGAACUAUAAGAUUUUGCUUAAAGAGCAAGAAAUUUCACAGGCAAAUUUUGUAAUUAAUUGUAUGAAGGAGAAAAAUCAGCAUUUAAGGAUGGUGAUAAGCCAAAAAGAAGAUAUCAUAGUGAGGAUUAUUUCUGACUCACAGAAAACUGAGAGGGUUUUGAUAAGGAGCAAGACAGUCCCAAAGACACGGAUUUCUAAGGAAGCUUGGAUUUAA